UAGACCUUCUUACCAACUCGGGAGAAUUGCAAACUGUAGCUAAUUUGAUGAGGCUUAGCAAGGAUUGAAGAAGUGAGAUAUAUAUAUAUACACACACACGUUCCGUUUGCUGUGGUUUGUUAACAGUCAGUUAAAGACCAUUUAUGUCUCGGACUAAAUAAAAUAUUCCAAUCUCAGACAGAAAUUGUCUGGGAGGGUGGUGGUUCUGUCGUGUUUAGGACUUGUGUUACAGCUAGCGAUGACUUCCUUGACCCAGCGGAGUUCAGGCCUUGUCCAGAGACGGACCGAGGCCUCUCGUGGUGCCGCGGCCGAUAAGGAUAAGGGGCUUGGGGAAGAAGAGUACGAGCUCCGAAAAGAUGAACAAGACGAAGAGGACAGCGGCGAUUCCAAAGAAACCAGAUUGACCCUUAUGGAAGAAGUUUUGCUUUUGGGGCUAAAGGACCGCGAGGGCUACACCUCAUUCUGGAACGACUGCAUCUCGUCGGGCUUGCGGGGAUGCAUGCUCAUCGAGCUGGCCUUGCGAGGGAGGCUGCAGCUCGAGGCAAGUGGCAUGAGAAGAAAGAGCCUGCUUGCCAGAAAGGUCAUCUGUAAGUCUGAUGCUGCAACAGGUGAUGUGCUCUUGGAUGAGGCUCUGAAACAUAUUAAAGAGACCCAGCCACCUGAGACUGUACAGAGCUGGAUUGAGCUUCUUAGUGGUGAGACAUGGAACCCCCUGAAGCUCCACUACCAGUUGCGGAAUGUGCGCGAGCGCUUAGCCAAGAACCUUGUGGAAAAGGGCGUGCUCACCACCGAGAAGCAGAACUUCCUGCUCUUUGACAUGACGACGCACCCACUCACCAACAGCAACAUCAAGCAACGCCUCAUCAAGAAAGUGCAGGAGGCCGUGCUGGACAAGUGGGUGAAUGACCCGAAUCGCAUGGACAAGCGCCUGUUGGCCCUCAUCUUCCUGGCGCAUUCCUCAGAUGUGCUGGAGAACGCAUUUGCGCCACUCCUGGAUGACCAGUACGAUCUGGCCAUGAAAAGGGUGCGGCAGUUGCUGGACCUGGAGCCGGAAGGCGAGAGCAUGAAGGCCAAUAGCAAUGAGCUGCUCUGGGCCGUGGUGGCCGCUUUCACCAAAUGAGGACUUGAGGGAAUUAAAUGGACUUCACACCGAGUAGUGAAACAAAUGCGGAAAGGGUUGUCCUAGUUUGUCAGAAAUGAACAAUAACUCUGCAGAACUAUCUAUUUUUUGUUAUUUUGUCUUUCCUUAUGGAUAUGAACUUCCUUCCCUUCUGCAUUCUCUACAGUGUUUGUCAUUGGGUUUCACAGUCUCGAUGAAGGUAAAGGAGAGCACGCCUACACCUUACUCCCCUUUGUGUUUUGUUUUUUGUGGUCUGUUACAUGCAUGGGGUUUCUUCUCAACCUGGACACUCUGUCUGAACAUGAAUUGCAGGAGCAAUCUCUACCCUUUUAUUUUUAUGGACAAAUGGGCUUUCUUCCUUUCUCAGUCCUGUACCAUGAGAAACAGGGUUGGGUUCAUAUUGCUGACAUGAUUGAACAGGUCAUGGAUAUUAAGAUUAAUUAAUUUUAGAAAUAUAUUAUUUUUUGAAUCAGUUUCUUAUGCUCACAGGUUGAAACUAAUUUUGUGUUACAAGAUUUUGAGAUAAACAUGUACACUCAUUAAGAACUGUAAUCAAAACAAAUUGGAGAAUCUACAUAUUCAGAGACUGUGAUUUAUGAAAAACUCACUGUGUAGAAUGAUUUCAGAUCACUAUUCCAUACCAGACUUGGUGGUCUCAGUUUAUAAACAUUCCCUUUAGGGACAAAGAAUAGCUGGAGACCUAUAGCUCAGCAUCAGCGUGACAACAGUGGCUCUUUGUGUGUGGAUGAAUACAAUUUACAGUACCAAGAACCAAGACUGUGUGUCAUGGCUCAUUGAUGGUUGCCAGGUUUUGCCAGGUUUUGCAAAUAUCAGAUGUGGCUGGUGUCUUCAUUCGCUGGCAGGGGAACCCAAAGGCUGACUCCUCGGGUGGUGAAAAUAAAAGGAAUAUUGAAAUAACAAAGAAGCCCAAUAUAAUUGUUUCCUGGGAUUGACCCAAUGAAACUGGAAGACCUUUGACCCAACUUUUAUUUUCAUGGAGUGGCAUAAAAGGUUUAUUGUUUGCUGUUCAUGACUAUUUCAGUAACACUAUGUGCUCUACCUCUCAGACCUCACCUUCUUUCUUUUAAUUGCCUCUCAAUGGCUUUGUCACCUUAGUGCUAUGACUCUACAGUUUCCACAAACAUGCGGUAAAGCAGUACCACAUCUGUAAUUUUAUGUGCCUGAUACUGGUUACAAGAUUUGUAACCUAAGUUACAAUGUGUACUGUAGCUAUUCCUCAACGUGACAUGGCAUUCCAGAACAACUGAGUGAACUAGUUUUUAUGUUAUUCAAAGAACUGUUCCUCAGUGGUACACUUGAUCUCUGAAGGAAAUUUAAGGGAUUUCUUUUCCCAUCCUUUAGUUUAAAAUGGGAAAAAUGGUUUAAUAGCUUAGAUGGCUCCAGAUGGUGGCCCUCACCGCCAUCAUAAUAUACCUUUACAAUAACACUGUCUUCCUUUAGACAGGCGCUCCAGCUGUCCAUUGAGUCUAUAGAGCGAUAUUGCAUUGAUGUUGGUAAUGUUUCAGGCUUACAGCUCUGUAGCACCAUGAAGAGGCGUUGUCCUAAUGUGCCGGUUUUGGCAGUAUGCAAUGAAAAGUCUCGAUGCAGGCUUGAAUUUUGAAAGAUGAAAACAGCUUGCAGUUUCCCCCAGUUUCCAUAUUUAUGUGCUCCUCUUGGAAUUUCAUUCAUAACUAAUAAAAUAAAAUUCAAAUGACCAUUUUAAAUGAGACUCACUUUCACAGUUUCCUUGUGUGUUUAACAGUUGUAAAUUUGACUAUUUUUGUACUUUUGUCAGGAAUAUGAGAACGAGGCAGAUUGCACAUAACAGAAGCAAGACAUUACAGACUGCUUAACAUUACAUUCCAAAUUUAAUGAAAACAUGGCUCCUUUUGUAUGUAUGUGGCCUGUCACCUAAUUGGUGAAUAUCAGCUUUUUGGGUGGCAUUGUAUAUUUUGAAAGAAACGUUUCGUAUUCAGAUUUGUUUUUUUGAAAAUAUAUAUAUUUUUGGCGCCAUCAAAGAAAACUUACCGAGGAGACCUUAUUUUGACCAGUAAUUUUAUUUUAAUAUGAUUAAGUUAAUGUCGCAUGACUUUUAUUUUGUUGCCAACCUUUACUCAUUUAAGCAAUAAUUUGCUAAUACAUACUUUUUUCUGAAUUUUGUUUUUUGUUUUGUUCAUUAUGAUUAAUGCUUGCCUCAAAGACUUGGCUAUUUCUGUCCUUAUAUGUAGCAAAGGUUUUGGUAAAAAAAACAAAAAAAAAACAUUGAAAUUGUGUGUAGUUGUAGAACUCACUAUGAAGGGACCCGUAUCUGUACAUUUCCUUCUUACCAAAUAAACAAAGGUAUUGGAAGUGCCUCAAAAACUCA